GCGAUUACCACUGGUCAAAGCUAAUUCAGUGCUAAAACGCCCAUGCGUGUCAGCAGCCGUGUCCACUCCAAGUUUUCGGACUAUAGCAUUAUUCGACUAAACGAAUGGAACGGAUUUCUUCAACGAACCCCCAACGGUGAUACAGGAAAAAGUGCGACUCGUCGUUUCGACUUGACUCACUUAAGGUCAGACGUCUGAGGCGUGUUGACGACGGACUACAAACAAUCAACAGGAUGUGCUGCUGCUGUAACUGUUCCAACACCGCGAAGAAAGUAUGGUCCUGGGUGGGUGUGGUCGGAAUCUUCGCCUUGGCCGCAUUCUUCGGGUUCGGAUGGCCGGCGAUUGUGAAUUCGGUGGCGAGAAGUGAAUUUGUGAUGCAGCCUGGUUCAGAAGUGUACGAAAACUGGCGAAAGCCCGAAGUGCCAAUGUAUUUCGACAUUUACUUUUGGGAUUGGACAAACCCGGAGGCUAUUACGGAUCCCAACGAUCGGCCAAACUUUGUCCAGCGUGGCCCGUACGUCUUCCUGGAGACUCACGACAGGGCUAACGUCAACUUCAACACCGAUGACACGAUAACCUUCCAGCAGAAGCGCACUUGGCACUACAUUGCGGAGCAGUCAACUGGAGAUUUCUACACCGACAGGGUGACCACUCCUCAUACGAUUCUCAUGACGGUCGGCAAGUUGGUAAAAGAGAUGAACGACCCAAUGUUGACAGGACUGCUCGACAUUAUAAUCAAUGCCAACAACUUGGUUGAUGGCAUUGCUUAUCAGAACGUUCUCGUGAAGGACAUUCUCUUUGACGGUGUCGAAGAUAGGCUUUUGGCGGCACUUCAAGCACUCCUCGCUGAGGUGCCCGAUUUGGCCGGAGAGAUUGAGCUUCCCGAUUGGGACGGUUUCGGAUACUUUAUCGAGCGAAACACCAGCGUAGAGUACGACGGAAUCUUCCGAAUGCGAACCGGAACGGACUCGUGGACAGCUACCGGCCAAAUGGUCACCUGGAACAACGCACCUACGGUUCCACACUACCGUGGAGUCUGCGGCCAAGUCCGUGGCUCAACCGGCCAGGUGAACCCUCCAAUGACCAGCUCCCAAAUCAACAACCCCGGAGACUUUAUCCUCUUCAUUACCGAUCUGUGCAGCGCCAUCACCCUGAAGUACGACGGCGAUUUCGUGCUGAACGAUCUGGAAGGCAAGGUUUGGGUCGGCGAUAACCGUGUCUUCGACAACGGACACACCUUCCCGGAAACGGAGUGCCAAUGCACGGCCCCGGUGGACCAGUGUCCGGCCCUUAAACCCGGCAUGUUCGACGUAUCCGGAUGUAACUUCGGAGCUCCGCUGUUGGUCAGCUUCCCACACUUCUAUCUGGCCGACCCGAGCUACCUGAACCGAGUAUCCGGAUUGAGCCCGAUGCGCAAUGCCCACGAGUUCCGCUACGCACUGCAUCCGUUCUCUGGAAUCCCAAUGACCGUCAACGGCCGCCUGCAGUACAACGUUGACGUUAAGGAUUACGGCCUAGCGGUAACGAACGGAGUUCCGGACGUUGUGAUGCCGGCGUUCUGGGUUGAGCAACGGGUCGUACUCACGCAAGAUGUCAUUGACGACUUAGUGCAAAUCGAUACCCUGCGGAAUGCUGGAAUUUAUACCGCGUAUGCGUUGCUCGGUGUGGGAGUUCUAGCCUUUGCCGUGGCACUCUACUUUACGCUGGCCGUAUGGAAGGACUGAAUGGUGUAACAGCGGGACCGAUCAACACUAAUUUAUAGAUUUUAUGCUGUUUUUUUGCUAAGUGAAUAAAGUUUUGUUUUAAGAAUUACACAACAGUUUCCGAUUUA